AUGCGGAUGAGUCGACGUCAGGGCAAAGUUUAAAAGAAAAGGGAUCCCUCACUUCAUCUCACUUCACUUCACUUCCAGCGCUUCCUUCACUCUUGUGCAGUACUUCAUCCGGACCCAGCUUGUUCUUCGUGGUUUCAUCGACACAGACAGGAGUAUUCACUCCUCCGACGAUCGCAGAAGGAUGGAGAAGGAACGGAGCCGAGAUCAAAGAGAAGGAGAAGGGAGGAAGGAAGAUGAAAAUGAUUUGAGUGAAGACUUGAAGGAGGUCUCCAAGCUGGAGACGGGGGAGGAUGAAACGGGCCGCCAUGAGGCCCUGCACCAACUCCGUCAAUGGAUCAGCAACAAUCCCCGGAUCAAGACUUGCCCUACCGAUGCAGGAUUCCUGCUUCGAUUCUUGCGGAUGAAGAAGUUCGACGUGGAAGGAGCGUCGGUGACGUUGGAGAGAUAUCUACGGAUGCGACAGGAGACCCCGGAAUGGUAUAGGGACCUGGAUAUCCUCCAUCCUCCUCUCCUCGACCUCGUCUCGAGCGGGUGCACUUUUGUCCUGCCCGGGAGGGACCUAGAAGGCCGGAGGGUCAUUUUUCAUAUCGCAGGUCGAGUGGAUGUGCACAAGCACAAGUCUUUGGACAUAAUCAGGACUUACCACCUGAUUUUGGAAUCGCUAGUUUCGAAUCCAGAAGAGCAAGUCCGGGGUUUCACAUACAUCUUCGAUUUCAAGGACGUCUCCAUCCCCUAUGUGGCCUUAUGGACUCCCAAUCAGUUUCAGAAGGCCAUCGGACAAGGCGAGCGUUACCUACCAAUGAGACAUAAGUCGGUGAACUUGGCCAACCCGCCGCUCGGAUUUUGGGUCAUCUACGAAUUCGCCAAACACUGCCUCAGUGACAAAAUCCGCAGUCGACUCAAGGUCUACCAUACAGACAAGUACUUGGUGGAGAAGAUCGCAAAAGAAAACUUGCCCAGAGAGUAUGGAGGAACGAUUCCAGCCACCGAAAUGGGCAAGAUGUGCAAGGAGGAGCUGUUGAAGCAUCGGGAGGAAGUCUUGGCUUUGGACGGCAUGGAAUACGAGGUCGAGAAAGAGAAGAAGGGAUGGAGUCUCGCUAAGGUUUUCGGCAUUGGAAACAAAAAUAAGAAUCAUCUUCAUUCACCCGAGGAAGAAUGGCAUUCCAGCUUCAAGGUGCCAUCAGGACUACCCCUCUGGCUGACAGCAGUGAUGUCCUUUCCAGGGUUACCCAAACUUCUCACGAAAUUCAGCGACGACCACGAUGUUAUAGGGGAGGUGGAGGGUCACGUUCAAGCUGGGGAUCACGUCCAAAACCUGAUGAGCGCCAAGGAAUUUGCAAAACUGCAUGUCUGAUCUCUCGUUUCCAUAUACUGUGGACAUCAUCCAAGUUUCCUCCUCUUUUUUUAUUAUUCACUGUGUGCACGCAUGAUACUCUCAAGCGGAUAUCCCAAACUAUUUGAUGCCAGCCAUAGGUCAUAUUUAAAAAAAAUACAGCCAGUGCGAAGAAAGUGGUGGAAUAAGUCUGAAAGUCUGGGAAAAGCGGC